AUGAAGAUUGCGGUGGCUAUUGCGCUGUCUUUAUGGUGUGAUCAGGUUCAAGGGUCUCCAAUCUAUGACCUUUUGAAGAGAUUCACUACUGGAAGCCCCGCUGAAACGCAAGUGGUGAAUACCACAACUUUUUCAUACCCUCAGACGCAAUCUGCGGAGCUGUUUCCUAUGAGUUCCUGCAAAGGUAUUACUUUGGAGGACGCUACGAUUGACCAGUUGCAGGAUUACUUCUCGAAAGGAAGUCUCACGUCCGAAGAUGUGGUUCGCUGCUACCUUGACCGCUACUUCCAGGUUAAUCCUUAUGUCAACGGUAUUUUGCAAGUGAAUCCCGACGCUGUUGCAAUUGCUCAAGAAAUGGACAACGAGAGGGCUCAAGGAAUUAACCGGGGCCCCCUCCAUGGUAUUCCUUUUGUCGUCAAAGACAAUUACGCAACCAAGGACAAGAUGGACACUACAGCGGGCUCGUGGAUGCUACUUGGUUCGAUUGUUCCUCGCGAUGCUCACGUUGUAAAAAAAUUGAGAGAUGCGGGGGCAGUAUUGUUCGGUCAUUCAACCUUGAGUGAAUGGGCUGAUAUGAGAUCUUCGGGAUAUUCAGAAGGCUAUUCGGCCCGCGGUGGACAAGCUCGCUGUCCUUUCAAUCUAACUGUCAAUCCUGGUGGCAGCUCUUCGGGGAGUGCGGGUGCCGUUGCCGCCAAUAUGAUUCCUUUCAGUUUGGGAACCGAAACAGACGGAAGCAUCAUCGAUCCAGCUAUGCGUAACGGUAUUGUUGGCUUCAAGCCCACGGUAGGCUUAACGUCAAGAGCAGGUGUAAUUCCCGAAUCCGAGCAUCAGGACUCCACGGGACCCAUGGCCAGAACAGUGAAAGAUGCAAUUUACGCCUUUCAAUAUAUGUGGGGUGUCGACGAUAGAGACGUGUACACAAAGAACCAAACAGGACAGGUUCCAGCAGAUGGCGAUUACCUUCAGUUCCUAGCAGAUAAGAGUGCUCUAGAAGGUGCCAAAUUUGGACUUCCGUGGGAAAAGUUGUGGUCCAAGGCCAAGCCUGAUGAAAUUCCCAGACUUUUAGAGGUUAUCAAGAUGAUUGAAGACGCCGGUGCAACUGUCUACAACAACACUGAUUUUGAAAACCAGAAUGUCAUUUCUAGCAAGGGCUGGAAUUGGGACCUCGGGCCUGUUGAUGAAAGUGAGUUCACGGUUAUAAAAGUCGAUUUUUACAACAACAUCAAAGCGUACUUGAGCGAACUGGAAAACACUAAAAUCAGGGGACUUGAAGAUAUUGUUGCCUACAACUAUCAAUUCAGUGGCACUGAGGGUGGAUAUGCAAAGGUCAACCCGGCGUUUGCAUCCGGUCAAGACUCGUUUUUGGAUUCGUUGGCUUGGGCAGGAGAGAAAAAUGAAACCUACUGGAAUGCUGUCGAUUUUGUCCAAAGAACGUCCAGAAAAGAAGGUAUCGACUCUGCUUUGAACUAUACAGACAGCGAAACCGGAGAAAAUUUCCAGCUUGAUGGUUUGCUUGUGCCCAGCGGCAACUCGAUCACUUAUCAGCAAGCGGCGAAGGCUGGUUACCCAAUGAUAACUUUGCCUGCGGGCGUCAAGGCGGCAAAUGGAAGACCAUUCGGAUUGGGCAUAAUGCAAUCGGCUUGGCAAGAGCCUCAAUUGAUUCGCUAUGGCUCGGCAAUCGAAGAUUUAUUGCAGUACAAAUGCAAGCCACAAUACUUCGAGUAUUUGGCCAAAAACGUUCCUGUAGUUUAG